UGUUCCUUUACCCCACAUAAAACUACAGGGCUGUAGGACCUGUGCCCUCUGGCCGGAUUCCAUACCCUGGCAAAGACUCUCCCCACCCUGGCAAAGAGAAAAUUGACAAGUAGAACACAGGGAACAAAGUCCCGUCACAGGGGUAAGAGACUACUGUCUGCAGCACCGGAGGGAGAAAAAAAACCAGCGCCUCGAGUCAGCGGGUCAUGGAUGCCCUGGUCUGCUUGCUGCAGCUGCUGCUGCUGCUCCUGACGCUGCCCCUGCACCUGAUGGCUCUGCUGGGCUGCUGGCAGCCCCUGUGCAAAGCCUACUUCCCCUACCUAAUGGCUGUGCUGACGGCCAAGGGCAACCGCAAGAUGGAGCGUAAGAAACAGGAGCUCUUUGGCCAGAUAAACAGGCUUACGGGAGCCUCCGGGAAGGUGGCCUUGCUGGAGCUGGGCUGUGGCACCGGGGCCAACUUCCAGUUUUACCCGGCGGGCUGCAGGAUCACCUGCCUGGACCCAAACCCCCACUUCGAGAAGUUCUUGACAAAGAGCAUGGCUGAGAACAGGCAUCUCCAAUAUGAACAGUUUGUGGUGGCUUCCGGAGAGGACAUGAGACAAGUGGCUGACAGCUCCAUGGAUGUGGUGGUCAGCACCCUGGUGCUGUGCUCUGUGCAGAGUCCGAGGAGGGUCCUGCAGGAGGUCAAGAGAGUGCUGAGGCCGGGAGGACUGUUCCUUUUCUGGGAGCAUGUGGCUGAGCCACGUGGAAGCUGGGCCUUCCUGUGGCAGCAAGUUGUAGAGCCCACCUGGAAACACAUCGGGGAUGGCUGCUGCCUCACCAGGGAGACUUGGAAGGAUCUCGAGAGUGCCCAGUUCUCUCACCUCCAGAUGGAACAACAACCCCCUCCCUUCAAGUGGUUGCCUGUUGGACCCCACAUCAUGGGGAAGGCUGUGAAAUAACUCUUGCCCAAGUCCAGCCUCGGGCCGAGCAAUCCCGCCUACCGGCGGAGUCUGUCUUCUACUGAGAGGGAUCCGGGCAGAGAAGCCACGCUCCCCAUCACCCUCUCUUCUCCCUUCUCCUAUCCCUGCCACAGGUCUCACUUCAAUCCUUCCUUCCAAGGUGGAAAAGCUCUAUUUCCGAUCUGGCUGCAGGAAGGAAAGUGACAUCCUGUCCUAUCCCUGACUGCGAAUUCCUAGGCUGGGUCUCCCACUUUUUGCCCACCCACUGCUAGAGCAGUUCCCUGUCACUUUCCCUUGUUCCCCUAGUAAAUCUCCCCCUCGUCUUUGCCUGAGACCACAUCCAUGUGCCUCCAGGAGCUCAUCACA